AUGGCGAUCCCAACAGAUGCUCCCCUGACACCCCGACUGCGAGUCGCCAUCUCAGGCGGCGGACCGGCUGGUCUGGCAGCGGCCAUAGCCCUUCUCGAAAAGCCGGGAUUCGAUGUGACUAUUUACGAGCAGGCCACAGAGCUGCGAGAGGUCGGAGCAGGAUUGAGGGUUGGGUACAAUUCCUGGAGAGUUCUUGAACUCUUGGGCGUAGCGGACAGGGUUAACGGACACAUCAAGGUCGAUCACCAGCAUAGAGAUGGAGUCACUGGAGAAUUAUUGUAUACGUACCCGCCUUACGUCGGCGAAUGGAGAUACCACGACACACGAGCGAGACGCACUGUGUUGCAAGAUGCUCUCAAGAGCCGCGUGCCCUCACAUAUCAUACAAUUGAAGAAACGAUUGGUUAGUUUGGUUCAGCAACCUGAAGGCGGAGUAGUUCUGCUGUUUGAGGAUGGCACGUCCGCACAUGCAGAUUUAGUCGUCGGUGCAGAUGGCAUUCGAUCAGAGGAGAUUGAAGCAGGGAAAGGGCUUUGGGAGUUGACUCUGCGGUCUUACGAAGAUCCGGCACAGACCAAGGGCAAGAAAUACAGUUGGGGCAUCCCGGCUAGCAAUGAACGAGUUGCCAGGCAUUUUACUGCAUUCUCACCCGAAAUUCGCGAAGCGAUUGAUCGAGUACCAGAGGGCACUUGGAAAGAGUUCUCGGCCUUUUCUGGGCCAAGACUGCAACAAGUCGUGUCCCAUGGAAACAUAGCGAUCAUCGGGGACGCAUCCCACCCUCUACUAGGGGCUUUUGGUACUGGAGCAGGCUUCGCAAUGGAAGAUGGGUGGCUGCUUGCGCAAAUGCUAGAGCUAUGUCUCAACCAACAUAAGAACGACAAGAAGCGUGCUGUUCGAGAGAGUCUUGACCAUUUCGACAAGAUCCGUUCGCCGUAUUACCACAAGAUAUAUGACGUACUUGACGCUAAACCGCAGGGUGGCAAAAUCGAUUUUGCCGCAUGGUCACCAACGCCUGGAGGGCCGUUAGACUGGAUUUAUUUUCAUGAUAUUGGGGAAGACUGGAAGCGAUUCCAGGCAGAGUUCAAGAUACGUAUUUAG